AUGUUCUCCUCUUCAGGGAGUGGGAAGAAACCCGCGCAACAGGGCCGACCGAGCGAUGUCUCUCCCCCGACCUCGAGGCCUGCGUCGGGUCUUUCGUCGCCACCAAUCAAGAGCUACAUAAACUUCCUAUCCAACACGAACGAUGACUGGAAGGCGGACGAGGACGAUAUGAUGGGGUAUGAAGAUGAUGACGGCGACGACUUUGGCUUGCCCAGUCUGUCCAACAUGAAGAGACGAACGCGCAAGAUGGCAGCGCAGAACAGAACCGACCUUAACGGAAGUCUAUCGCCAAUGGACGACUCCUUUGGGCUUGGGCUUCACACCAGAAGAUAUUCAAACAGUGCAGACAUUGCCAUUGAAAGGCCUGCGCCAACCUACCCCAUGCCCAAGAAAAGCGAGGGCAAGAUUUUAAGACCGCAAUACAAGGAGAUACUCAGAGACCCCGCAAACGCCCUGCACCUAAUUGACCACCCCGCCGUCCCCGCCAACGCGACUCCUAAAGAAAUUGACGCCGCCAAUUCUAGGAUAACUCGGAUUAACAAGUUCAAAAAGCUCCUGCAAGCCUCCACGAUACCAUUGCAAGAUCUGCGGCAACUUGCGUGGUCCGGCGUCCCUCAGGAAGUCCGGGCUAUGACGUGGCAAUUGCUGCUUAGCUACUUGCCGACGAACAGCGAAAGAAGAGUCGCGACUCUGGAAAGAAAACGGAAGGAGUACUUGGACGGCGUCCGGCAGGCCUUUGAAAGAGGCGGCACAAGCGCAGCCCCAACAGGCAAGGCGAGGGGACUGGAUGAGGCCGUGUGGCAUCAGAUCAGCAUUGACGUUCCGAGAACGAACCCCCACAUCGAACUGUACUCAUACGAGGCAACCCAGAGGUCGCUGGAGCGGAUUCUAUAUCUUUGGGCCGUACGACAUCCUGCCAGUGGUUAUGUGCAGGGUAUUAACGACCUGGUGACGCCAUUUUGGCAAGUAUUUUUGAGUGCCUAUAUUGCCGACUCUGACAUAGAAUCCGGCAUGGAUCCUGGUCAGCUGCCCAAGCCAGUCCUAGACGCCGUGGAAGCGGACUCGUUCUGGUGCCUGACGAAGCUCCUUGAUGGCAUUCAAGACCACUACAUCGUGGCGCAACCAGGCAUUCAAAGACAGGUCGCCGCGCUUCGCGAUCUGACAGCAAGGAUUGAUGCCAGCUUGGCGAAGCAUCUCGAAAACGAGCAUGUGGAAUUCAUCCAGUUCAGUUUCAGGUGGAUGAACUGUCUGUUGAUGCGAGAAAUCAGUGUGCGGAAUACAAUCCGAAUGUGGGAUACAUAUUUGGCUGAAGAGCAAGGGUUCUCGGAGUUCCAUCUGUAUGUGUGUGCCGCAUUCUUGGUCAAAUGGUCGGACAAGCUGGUCAAGAUGGAUUUCCAGGAGAUCAUGAUGUUUUUGCAGAGUCUACCGACGAAGUCGUGGACGGAAAAAGAUAUCGAACUCCUGUUGAGUGAGGCAUUCAUUUGGCAGAGUCUGUUCAAGGGCUCAUCGGCACACCUACGAGGACAGCCAAGCCGGACGCCAUCGGCGAACAUGCAGUUGUAG